AUGACACAAGACGAGACGCCUAACCUGAACAUGACGGAAAACGUUGAUGACGCAGUAUUCAAGUACCUGAGCUCUACCGAGAUGUCACCAGAUCUAAGGAAUGCGGUGAUGAACCUGUUCAUGGAAUUAUUUGAGAAGGAGGCCAAUGAGACUGUAGGUAUCCUUGGAGAGAGUCGAUUGUUGUUCAAAUCGGAGCUCACAGACUACCAUCUAGAACAGGAAACGCUCAAACUCGAGGCGCGCAUGCACGAGGAAAGGAGGCAGCAAGAGGAACUAGAGCUAGAGGAAAAGAUCCGUCAGUCUCAGAUGCGAUCCUCUUCUAGUAUGGACGAAGAGGCGAGACCAUUUAGCAGAACUUUGGCACAGAUACGCAACGAGCGAUCACAAAGUCGCACACAGAGUCGGAGAGAGCUUAGUUCGAGUGCUGCUAGCUUACGGAGCAUUGACAGGCCUUUUAGUUCCAAGUCUAAAGGCAGACCAGAGUCAAGAAACAUCCAACGACCAAUGUCCAGGGCAAACACAGAAAGCCCACGUCCAUUCAGUACUACAGCUUCAGGCGAGCCUGCUAUUUCACAGCAACAACUCAAACAGGAAUCGGAUGCCAUCUUAUCCGGAAUGCAAGCUGCUGAGAGCAAACAACUGCAAGAAAGGAAACGCCAGCAGGAAGAGUUACAGAAGAGAAGAGAGGAGAAAAUUGCUGCCCGAAAUGACCUUCAAAACCAGGCUAAGGCUAUAUUAAACCGUGCCUUAGAAAUCAACCAAGCAAAUACUAACAACAAGGAGAAGGUUGAUCAGCAGCUCCAGGCUCGGUUGGAUGAUUUGAAGAAAAAGAAGUUGAAAUUACGUGGCGAGCUUCCAGAAGAUGACGACCUUGAAGAGAUCAAUAUUUAA